AUGUCGAUGCGCCCCCAGCUCUUCACGCGCGGCCUGUCCGGCCUGUCGCAGAGCACCUCUGCCUCUGCCACUGACGCCCAGUCCCCCGCCGAGCAGCGCGACGAUGCCAAGCGCAACUUCUUAAAGACGAUGCGGCCGCUCCCUACGCAGCACUACUGGAGCGUCUACUUUGACAGGCAAUCCAAAGAUGACCAAUCCAGCCGCGACGGCGGAUACACCGUUCAGCUCCAACAGCUCGGCACGCAGAUUGAAUCCGUCCAGGACUUCUGGAGGUACAACAACAACACGCCCGUCGACCAGAUCAAGAUGCGCGAGUCCAUCUACCUCUUCAAGCAGGGCUUCAAGCCCAUCUGGGAGGAUCGUCGGAACCUCAACGGCGGCAGCUGGACCUUUCGCGUCCCCAAGGCGGCAGGGCCUGACGUGUGGACGCGAGUGCAGCUCUUGGCAAUAGGCGAGAAGCUCGAGAGCGUUCUGAACGAGCAUGAUCAGCUCUGUGGAGUCGGCCUGUCGGCCCGCUUCAACUCGCAUCUCAUCACCGUGUGGCACCGUGACUCGUCCAAGCAGAAGUCGAUUGACGGCAUCCUGGCCUGCGUGCUGGAGGAGAUUCCCCCGGAAACUCGGCCGAAACCCGAAAACUACUUUUACAAGAAGCACCGCGAUCACGCAGGCUUCAAGGCGCCGCCCGAGCUACAGGCUGUGCUGGAUUCUCAAGACCGCGCCGACAGGAAGGCUACUGUCGCGUCGGCCGAUCAGCCCCUGCUCACCGUAAAUGCUCCCUCAGAGUAG